AUGUUGGCGGCCCGGAACGAGACCAAGUGGGACUUUGGCGAAGAAGAGUGGGCCCAGAGCAACCUCGUUUGGGGCCUCUUCCAGUUCGUAUGGCAGUUCCUUGCGAGUUUGGUCUACGUUGUCUUGUCGGUCGCUUUGGCUGUUCCGCGGCGCAGGAGCUCGGCGAAGGGCGCGGCCUGGCGCUCGUCAGUCGUCGGCUACCUGCUUAUUUGGGGGGACGUCGCCCGCGUGGCGGCGGAAACUUCGGUCUGCGGCAGCGACUACACCAUUACCAAGAGUUCCAAGAUCAAGACCAAUGAGUCUCCGAGCUCGUCAGUCCAACGCCUUGAGGAGCGGCGCGUGCUCUCGGGCGGCAGCAGCGACUACGCCAUUACGAAGAGUUCCAAGACCAAUGAGUCUCCGAGCUCGUCAGUCCAAAGCCUUGAGGAGCGGCGCGUGCUCUCGGGCGGCAGCAGCGACUACGCCAUUACGAAGAGUUCCAAGACCAAUGAGUCUCCGAGCUCGUCAGUCCAAAGCCUUGGGCAGCGGCGCGUGCUGUCGGGCUACGUGAUGACCGACAGCAACAUUAAAACGGCCGUCGCGGCGUGGCUCGCGGAUGCGACUGCCGCCGAGUCGACGUACGGCCACAUCUCGACGUGGGACACAUCGGGGGUGACGUUCAUGGAGCGGUUGUUCGAAGACGCCUCGUCCUUUAACGAGGACAUCGGCGCAUGGGACACCUCCGGCGUCACGAUGAUGCAACACAUGUUCACCAGAGCCUCGGCCUUCAACCAGGACAUCGGCGCGUGGGACACCUCCGGCGUCACCAAUAUGAACCAGAUGUUCGACGGUGCCUCUGCCUUCAACCAGGACCUCGGCUGGUGCGUGGACAACGGCAUGAACAUGGGCUGGGGCCCGAACUGGGUGUUCGGCAGCACCCCGUGCCUGUCAACGUUAUGCGGCGUCUUGUGGGGCGGCUGUGACAUCCCGAACAAUGGUAAUGUCAUGGCCAACUGGAAGAUCAGAAUUGCAAUCCGGGCGUGGUUCUCGGACGAGAGUGCUGCCGAGACGACGUACGGCCAUAUUUCUACGUGGGACACAUCGGGGGUGACGGACAUGUCUGAGUUGUUUUGUGAUAGCCCCCAUUCAAGUCAACAGUGCUACAACUCGGGCGCUGCGUCCUUCAACGACGCCAUUGGCGCGUGGGACACCUCCGGCGUCACAUCAAUGUACAGGAUGUUCAGUGGCGCCUCGGCCUUUAACGGAGACAUGAGUGAUUGGGCGGUCGACAACGUCAAGACCAUGAAUUCGAUGUUCUAUGGGGCCGAGGCCUUUAACCAGGACAUCGGUGAUUGGGCGGUCCAGAGCGUCACGGACAUGGACUACAUGUUCAAAGAAGCCUCGUCGUUCGACCAGGACCUGGGCUGGUGCAUAGACAACGGCUAUGAAAGAUUCUCUUGUUCCGAUUGCGUGAGAGGCCUGACCACCGCAUUCGAAGACAACAAGUGCGAGUCGACGUCGUGUGGCGUCGUGGAGCAGGAGGAGUGGUGCGGAGUGUUUCAUAGUGUAAGUAUCAGCAAGGCCGUCGAUGCGUGGCUAGCGGAUGCGACGGCAGCCGAGUCGACGUACGGUCAUAUUUCGACGUGGGACACAUCGGGGGUGACGGACAUGUCGGAUUUGUUCAAAAGCGCAUCGUCCUUCAACGAGGACAUCGGCGCGUGGGAUACCUCUGGCGUCACGACGAUGUACCGGAUGUUCAAUGGCGCCGAAACCUUCAACGUGGACAUCAGCGCGUGGGAUACAUCACGCGUUAAAAAGAUGGAAAGCGUGUUCCAGAGCGCCAGGGCCUUUGACCAGGACAUCAGUGGUUGGGUAGUAGACAGCGCCACGACCAUGAAAAUGAUGUUCGACCGCGCUGAUUUGUUCAACAAGGACAUUGGUGGUUGGGCGGUCGACAAGGUUACGGACAUGAGCUCGAUGUUCGGCAGCGCUGAUUUAUUCAACCAGGACAUCGGUGGUUGGGCGGUCGACAAUGUCAAAGAUAUGAACGCGAUGUUCAGCAGCGCUUCGGCCUUCAACCAGGACAUCAGUAAGUGGGCGGUCGACAAGGUCACGAAUAUGGCUUCGAUGUUCGCCGAAGCCUCUGCCUUCAACCAAGACAUUGGCGGUUGGGCGGUCAACAGCGUAACGAAUAUGUACAUGAUGUUCCGCAGCGCCUCUGCCUUCAACCAAGACAUUAGUGGUUGGGCGAUCAAUAAAGUCACGGAUAUGGUCUCGAUGUUCAACCGCGCUUCGGCCUUCGACCAGGACCUCGGCUGGUGCGUGAACGACGCAGCAAGCCCACUAGAUGCGUUUGACGACUCCCUGUGCGAGUCGACGAAUUGUGGCGUGAAGUGGGAGACCAAUGCUGGCGACUGCGACGUAUCGAGCACUGGCAACGUCAUGGUCAACUGGAAGAUCAGAAUUGCAGUUGCAGCGUGGCUCUCGGACGCGUCGGCCGCCGAGACGACGUACGGCCAUAUUUCGACGUGGGACACAUCAGGGGUGACGGACAUGUCAAAUAUGGAUUUCGGUAGUGUCACAGGCUUCAACGACGACAUCGGCGCGUGGGACACCUCCGGCGUCACAACCAUGUACUCCAUGUUCGGCGGCGCCAAGGCCUUUAACCAGGACAUCGGCGCGUGGGACACCUCCGGCGUCACAACGAUGGAGUACAUGUUCAUGAGUGCCUCGUCUUUUAACCAGGACCUCAGCGGCUGGCAGGUCGACGGCGUCACGCGUAUGGAUGAAAUAUUCAACCGUGCCUCGGCUUUUUUUCAAUUGGACCUCGGCUGGUGCGUGGACGACAGCGUGAGCCUGAGCAACGCGUUUAGCGACACCUUAUGCGAGUCGACGUCGUGCGGCAUCGCGGGAGUUGACUGCGACAUCUCGCGCACGGGCAACAUCAUGGUCAAUUGGAAAAUCAAGCAAGCAGUCGCAGCGUGGCUCUCGGACGCCACGGCCGCCGAGGCGACGUACGGCCACAUCUCGACGUGGGAGACUGGUGGCGUGACGGACAUGUCGGAGUUGUUUUGCGCACCGGCAUCUUUUUGGAAUAGUUGCAACACGGCCGCUGCGUCCUUCAACGAGGACAUCGGCGCGUGGGAUACCUCGGGCGUCACGACGAUGAAAGAGAUGUUCGAAGGCGCCACGUCCUUUGACCAGGACCUCGGCUGGUGCGUGGAUGAGGACGUCGACCUGGACGAAGCGUUCGACAACACUCCGUGCGAGUCGACGUCGUGCGGCGUCAAGCACGUGGCAGGCGGCUGUGCGCCGACGCCUGCGCCGACGCCCAAGCCGACAACAUCUGGUCCUUUGCCAACGCCGCGCCCCACGCACCCGCCGCCGACUCCUGGACCUUUGCCCGCGCCGACGCAGCGCCCCACACCCGCGCCGACGCCGAAGCCGUCGCCCGCGCCGACGCCGGCCCCGACGCCGGCGCCGACGCCCGCCCAAACGAUGGUCAAGGUUGCCUCGUCUGUGACGCUGGAGGGCAUCGUCGCGACUGAAUUUAAUGCCGACGAAGGCAUGAAGGCGGCGUUCGCGCAGUCGGUUUUGGAUAGCGCGGGCGGGGCAUUCGACGAGGUGAUCGAUAUCGAGGCCGCCGGCGGGCGCCGGCGCCUCGCCGGCGCGGGCGUCGGCGUCUCCUACACGGGCGUCGCCCGCGUCGUCGGCACCGACGACGCCACGUCAGUUGGCGCAGAUUUGCUGGAACAGGCGUCGGACGCGCUGACGGCCGCUGUCGGCGACGGAAGCUUCUUGACCACUCUGCAGGCCGCGGAUACAGCGUUCGCCGCCGCAACCGUCGACGUCGCGGCGACGCAGGCGGCUAUCGGGGACGCUGCUCUCGAGGUCAUAGUCACGACGCCAAGCCCCACUGCGUCGCCGACGACCCCACGGCCGAUCGGGGCCCCGACCGUGGCUCCGACCGCGACCCGCGGCAGUGACACCGUCGACGCCGCCCGCCGCCUCUCUGGCGUCAGUGCAGCGCUCCUCGUGCUCGCUCUCGCCGCGUGA